AUGUCAAAGGUGAAGCUUGUUACCAGUGAAGGUGAAAUUGUUGAAGUUGAUAUCGAAGUUGCUUCAAAGUCAGUGCUUAUCAAAGGUAUGAUCGACGACAGUGGAGUUGAAGAGGAGAUCCCUCUGCCCAACGUUAAGAGAAACAUUCUCCAAAAAAUCAUAGAUUUCUGCACCUACAUCAAGGACAACUCCCCCCCUGAGAUUGAAAAGCCACUCAAAUCCAAUAACCUAAACGACGUGACCACUCCCUGGUACGCCGAGUUCGUCAACCUUGACCAGGAGGUCCUCUUCGAGCUCAUUCUCGCUGCCAAUUACUUAGAUAUUAAGCCACUGCUUGAACUCGCUUGUGCCAAAGUUGCUAGUUUGAUCAAGAACAGAUCAAUCCCAGAAAUCAGAAAGUUCUUUAACAUUGAGAACGACUUUACACCCGAGGAAGAAGCUCAAAUCAUGGAAGAGAAUAAAUGGGCUGAAGAAUCAUUCUGA